AUGAAAAUCGGUGUCAUUCCUUACCAAAAGGAUGAUAUCGUUAAUAACAAUAGUGGUCAUUCUGGAACGAGACCGCGAUGGCCAUCUAUGCAGGACACUCACGAAGUGAAUGCAGGACAUGGUGACGUUUUAAAGUUUAAAAAACUGGAAGAAGUGCCACUAAAUAGAAGGAAUUUCAUUUACAUACCCUGUGCGGCCAAUCCGUCGUUCACAGAACUGGGUUAUUGCUGCACUGAAUAUGCAUUCGACAAACCUGGAAUGAGCCUGAUGGAUCGUUCUGAUGGGAUUUCAGUUGCAGAGCGGCGCAAUGAUUUGGUGAGUGUCAAGGAAAAUUUAGGCUGGAGGAGUUCGCGGUGCGAUGUGUGUAUAAAAGAGGGAAAACACUACUGGGAAGUGGAAGUUUUGCAAGGUGGCCUUUCUGACGACUAUUUGAUCGACAGCGAUACGACUCUACAGCGGAAGAAAGAUAUGACGAAUGUGAUGCCGCAUCUCAGAAUGGGUAUCUCAAGAAGAGAAGCAUCUCUAGAAGCGCCAGUGGGAUUCAACUCUUACGGUUACGGUAUUAGGGAUCAUUCCCUGGAAAGUAUACAUGGGGGAAAGAUCAAUCAGGUUCUCAAAGCGAGAACUUUAAAGCAUGGUGAUCGAUUAGGGUUCUUACUGAAUUUGCCGCCGUUAAAGGUGCAAAUAGAACAGGCAAAGGAGUUUACCCAGCGAAGGAUAGAUGCUCUAAACAAUGUUCAAGAUGCAACGGCACAAGACCUUUCUUUUGCGACACACGAAGAUCACGUACAUUUGAGGAAAAAAAUGAAAAAAAAUGCUGCAAACAAGGAGUUUCAAAAAGCAUUGCUGCACGAUAUCGAUCAUAACAACAUCAUUCGGGAUCAUAUUGCGAUUCGAUACAAAAACCAAUUGAUUUUCGAAGCCACUGAUUACGUUAAAACCACAAAACCGGAGUAUUACUCAUCAGAUAAAAGAGAGCGACAUGACUACUAUAAGUUAGAAGGAUCUUCUCUAGCCAUUACGCUAAAUGGAGAACCGUUGGGUAAAGCAUUCGAAGGACUAAAACCAUUUCUGCCUCCCUUCAGUGAAUUACAGUACAAAGAGAAAUUCUAUCUUGACUGCUGGAAAAAUGGUGCCAAUUCAAGUGUGGAUUCAAAUUCUCCCACCACUUCAAAUCAACGACAAGGAACCAUUCUCAGAAAUAAGUAUGUCAACAAUAACAAGCUUGGCUAUUAUCCAACGAUAAGCUGCUUUAAUGGAGGAACUGCUAGAAUUAUUACGGAUAGAUCAAAUUUGAAAUACUUUGACGAGUCAGAAAAAGCCACACUCCUAGACACACUUUAUGACGAACAGAUAGCAGAAGAUAUUGUGUGGGAUAUAAUAGAUGAAAUUGAAGAAGAAUCGCUGGUUCAGCUAGAAAAACCGCUUGUAAAUAAGAUUUAA